CAGUCCAGCCGCUUGGCGGAGAGAAGUACACGCGCUCCGGCUCGUUGCGGGAUAAACAGAGGAGGACGGCGGAAAAUCCACGAACUCUCCAUCACGCUUUUAGUCUCAAUUCAUCACCGUUCGCCCCGGCACCAGGAGAUUUGUAGCUGCCGCAGUGUCUUCAUCCAACGGCGGGCAUUUGCUGCUUUCCACCCGGACGCGUCCGCAGUGCUGGAUUUUGCCUCUGAACUGAACCAGAUCACACUCUCUUAAAAUUAAACCGUGGGAGACUGGCGACUGGCUUGUCAUUUUGAAAGGUUCUACAAAAGGACUUCUGAUUGGACACUUGAGAACCCAUGAGCACCAAUCAGAACGCUGCAGCCACAAAGGAAGCAAUAUGAAAAUCCGGUCAUGAGCUGGUAUCUGAUGAGAAAUGCAGUAUUUGGAAGACACAAUCGCUUCUUGCCCUGUGGGAGACUAUGUGUGGGACUACUCAAAUACGCAAUCUGAAAAGUUAUUGCUUACAACCAAGACUCUAGUCAUAACUGAAGCUCAUUUUCCAGUGUGAUAAAACACCAAGGAUACACUGAAGAGAGGAAAACACAAUAAGCAAGCUGACAGUUUACCAAACCUAAACAAUUAUCCAUGUAAUUAUAAUUCCAGCUUUGUCCCAUUUCCUGUGGAAUACAGAUACAGAUUGUCACCUGUGUAAACACCAUGACUGAAGCACAGAUGAAGUCCAUUAUGUCUGGAUCCAGCGGACACAGAGGUGGUAUGGUGACCAGUGCCUUAUUUUGCAGGGCGAUGGCCCUCGUGUUUUUCUCACUGACAAGUGUGCCUGUUGUUCAGGGUGAUUGCUGGCUGAUCGAGGGGGAAAAGGGAUUUGUGUGGUUAGCAAUCUGCAGCCAGAACCAACCACCAUUCGAAAAUAUUCCAUUGCAGAUUAACAGCACAAUCGUUGACUUGCGACUUAACGAGAACAAGAUUCGAAGCAUUCACUUUUCUUCACUUAGUCGCUUUGGCAAUCUCACUUACCUAAAUCUGACAAAGAACGACAUCUCUUACAUAGAAGAUGGCGCGUUCUCUGCCCAGUUCAAUCUGCAAGUGUUACAGAUUGGUUUCAACAAGCUAAGGAACUUAACAGAGGGAAUGCUGAGAGGCCUGGGGCGCUUACAGUACCUCUAUCUACAGGCUAACCUGAUAGAGACUGUAACGGCCAAUGCUUUUUGGGAGUGUCCUGCUAUCGAAAACAUAGACCUUUCUAUGAACAGGAUUCAGCAACUUGACGGUGCUACAUUUCGUGGGCUGUCGAAGUUGACGACAUGUGAGCUUUAUGCAAACCCAUUCGGCUGCUCAUGCGAACUACUUGGAUUUUUGCGCUGGCUUGCAGCAUUUCCAAAUCGGACGAGCGAGCGGAUGGUAUGCGACACGCCUGCUGGAUUUUCAGGCUACAAUCUUUUGAGCCAAAACCCUAGGAUGCCAAGAUUUCGGAAUGCUUUCCAUGCACUCUCCUCUGUGUGCACAGAUGUCAACGUGACUCCUUAUCUUCAUGGAUCUUUUGACAGGGGCACUCCCACGAUGUUGCCCGAUUCGAGUCCUUGUGGAUUGGACGACUGUUCCUCUGGGACAUUUCCGGAGGAAACUAUAAGCAUCAGCCCGACAUUUUUAGAUCCAGACGCACGUCCUAUGAUGAAACUAAAAGAAGUGACUCACACAAGCGCAAUCAUCACAGUCCAGAUUCCCAAUCCUUUUCGGAAAAUGUACAUCCUUGUCCUUUACAACAACAGCUUCUUCACAGACAUCCAAAACCUAAAGAGCCAGAGAGAAGAAAUUGAGUUGCCAAACCUUAAAUCUCACACUAACUACACAUAUUGCGUGGCAUCUAUACGUAACUCCUUAAGAUUCAAUCAUACCUGUCUGACCAUCUCCACGGGUCCGAGGACUUUGCAAGAACGUGUGACAAACAACUCAACCGCUACUCACUACAUUAUGACUAUACUUGGUUGUCUCUUUGGAAUGCUUAUAGUUUUGGGCAUGGCGUUUCAUUGCGCAAGAAGGCGCAAACAUCAGGAUGAACCAAAAAGCAAAAAGCUUGAAAAGAUGAAAAGAAAUUUGAUUGAGAUGAAAUAUGGGACUGAGCUGGAACAAGGGACCAUAUCACAGCUGUCACAAAAACAAAUGCUCUCCACUGGUGAAACAGUACAAAGGAUACCAUACUUGCCAACUGCCAGUGACACAGAUCAAUACAAGUUGCAAGAGAUCUCCAGCACACCAAAAACAACAAAGGGGAAUUACAUGGAAGUGAGAUCUGAGCAACCGGACCGCAUCGUCAGGGAAUGCAGCGUUGCUCCUUCGGAAGCCAGCCAAGGAUCUGUUGCUGAGAUAUCCACCAUUGCAAAAGAAGUGGACAAAGUAAAUCAGAUCAUCAACAACUGCAUUGAUGCCCUCAAAUCAGAUUCAACAUCAUUCCAGGCUGCAAAAUCUGGUGCCGUGUCCACGGCAGAGCCACAGCUAGUCCUCAUAUCAGAACACCCACCUGGAAAGGCUGGUUUUCUUUCUCCAGUGUACAAAGGGGGUUACCAUCAUCCCUUACAGCGACAUCACAGUAUGGAUGCUCCACCGAAGCGUGCGAGCACAUCCUCAAGCGGUUCGUUGCGAAGUCCCCGCUCUUUCCGUUCUGAAGGGGCAUACAGAGUCUCAGAGUCCAAGUAUAUUGAGAAGACUUCAUCUCCCCUAGACGAGUCAGGAAUCAUAACGGUCACUCCAGCGGCCGCAAUCCUUAGAGCGGAAGCAGAGCGAAUUCGACAAUACAGCGAGCACAGGCACUCCUACCCCGGACCGCACCACAUGGACGAGUCGAUAGAGGAGUCGGGGAGCCGAAAGUCUUCUAUUCUGGAGCCUCUAACACGCUCAAGGCCUUGUGAGCUGUCCUAUUCUCAGCUCUCACCACAGUACCACAACAUGAGCGGCUAUUCCAGCCCCGAGUACAGCUGCACGCCAUCGCUUAGCCUGUGGGAACGUUUUAAACUCCACCGCAAGCGCCACAGGGAUGAGGAAGAGUAUAUUGCAGCUGGUCACGCAUUAAGGAGGAAGGUACAGUUUGCCAAAGAUGAGGACCUACACGACAUUCUGGACUACUGGAAGGGAGUGUCCGCUCAACAAAAAUCAUGACUGCUGUUUUUAUAGCUCAUCCAAUUAAAAUAGUCCAAAUCUCUGGACCAAACCAGGCAGUACUGACGAUUAAGUCAGCACUCACUUUUAGUGAAAUAGCUUAGAAGUAUUGCUGAAUUCUUUAGCUUUUUUCAGUCGUUCUCUUUGAGAAUGAAAACAAAAAACAAGAUACAGUAGAUCUCGCAGUGAGUGUACGUGCCAAGUGGUAAGAAUAGAAAAUGUUUAACAGUAUUAACCUCAAGUCAACAUUUGAUUUUUAUAUAUUGGAAAUAACAAUAGACUACUAUUAUAUAAUCAUCCUCAUCUUCAUGGAUUAGUAGUAUUACCGUUAAGAUUGAUCGAUUCUUCUUAUUAUUACUACAAUUAAUCUUUGGUUAUCGCAUGGCCGUGUCCUGUGACAGUAUAUUGACUGUGGUGUAUUUGGGGAAAAGAACAAACAUUUCAAAACGUCUGCCGAACACUGUUCUCCACGACCUUAGAUUUUAUAAAGACUUUGAAGAUAUUCUUUAUUCCUUCAUUAGCGACGGUUUUAAAGAUCAACUCCUGAAUUUGCCACUGAAGCACACUCGACUGGAUUUUAAAACAUUACUUUUGGAGGGGGCUUCUAUUAAUGCGUUCUUCACUCUUUUUUUGUAAAGUUUACAUUGAACAGUGAAUGUUUUAAGACUCACACCUGCGAUUUUUGAGCCUCGCAAACUUUUUUGAGCAGGUACUUUUUUGGCUAUUGAUUUGUUUCAUUAACGAUGUUGUACACAAGUCAUGCAUACUAGAGAAUGUAAUGUGUUUUAAAUCUAUUUUUCGCCAGCAUUUAGGCCUUAGAUCAGCUUAAACCCAGUUCUGUUCAUGUUUGCCAGACUUAUUUCUAUGUCAGUCUAUGAAAGUUAUUGCCAAUUCUAAACCACUGUGAACCCCAGACCAAGCUAAAUAAUGCAGCUUGUUUUUUACUGAUGAAAACAGAUCUUCUUUAGCUAUUAAUAGCAUAAUCUUUUCACAUCGCCAUAAAUGCUGAUAGACAAUUGAUUUAAACAAAAGAACUGGCCUCUAAAUUUUGAGGAAACUGAAUCAUCUGAGACCAGUACUGUGAAACCAGUUAUUACACAACACAUCUGAAUCAAAGUGCUUGACUGGUAAUUGUGUCAGCCAAAUAUUAAAGGAACAGUUCACCCAUAAUGAAAAUGUCUGUUCAUGUCAUCAUUUUCUAUCAAAGUUUUGCAAAAUUUUAAAUUUAAUGAUUUGAAUUGGAGAUGGUUUAAAUAUAGUGCACGGACCACUUUUAUAAUACUUCUGUUGUGUUUUUGAAACAUUUAUAUCCCCAUUAAAGAGAGGCCAAAAAUGACCACAUUAUUUACUCUCCCUGAAGCCAUCUGUGAUACAUUUGUCCAUCAUUUUUCAGACGAGCACAUUUUCAGUCCUAGCCCUUCCAAGCUUUAUAAAAGUCAAAAACGGGGUUUACUUCUUUCAAGGACAAAGAAAGUGCAUCCAUCCUUCACAAAAGUAAUCCAAAUAGCUUCAGGCGGAUAAACACAGGCCUUCUGAGGGUAAUUGAUGCGAUUUUGCAAAAAAAUCCAUAUUUAAAACUUUACAAACGAAAAUAGCUUCCGGUAACAACACUUGGACUCCUCUGCAGUCACUAGAGAGUUUUAGUCAAAGACAUUAUAUACGUAGACGCCUCAUGGCGUGCUGGAACGUAAUCCAGCGUCGCCGCCAUACUGGUCGGGUCUCCUCACUGUACGCUAGUGAGCAACUAUGCCCAUAUUUUGUGCAGUUUACGGUUGCAAUAACCAGCACAGUAUUGAUACCAGAUUGCAUGGGAUUACCAUUCACAAGUAAGAAUUAACAAUAAUUUUGGUUAUUUAAUAUUAUGUCAUCGUAACUAACGUAACUUACAUGUAAAAAUCCAGUAAAAAUGUGAGGAGUUAUGAUUAUUGUAGUUGGGGAUACACCGUCCUCAGUAGAAAUAAAUGCAUUGGGGACCCAUCCAAGAUGGCGGCCGUGCUGAUACGUCAGCUCCAAUAGGCAGCCUUCAGUCUAUGAGGAGCCUACGUAUAUAAUGUCUAUGGUUUUAGCGUAGUGAACACAUGCCAUAGGUACACUACGUAGUGACGUAAUGGCGUAGUGACGAAUGCGGGGAGCGGAGGCACAGAACAGGGAGCAUUUCUUUAAAAUGAUGAUUUUAAAGAAAAUGGUGGAGGAUUUCGAUAUAAGACAAUAAAGCUAUCCCUGUAGCUCAACACACGGUUCUCCCUAGAGUCUUUUCUCACUGGAUCUUGCGCAUCAUAUGCUACGCAACUAUCUAGUGCAUGCGUGUAGGAUUUUACCGGAAGCUAGUUGUUAACAUUAUAAAUAUGGAUAUUUUUCCUACAAAAUCACAUCGACUGUGUUUAUCCCCCUGGAGCCGUGUGGAUUACUUUUGUGAAGGAUGGAUGCACAUUCUUGGACAUUCUUAGACACCAGUUAUAAAGCUUGGAAGAACUACCAAGACUCAGAUUGACACUGGUGCUAGCAUACAGUGAGGAGACCCAAGCAAUAUGGCGGCGACGCUGGAUUACGUUCCAGCAUGAGGCAUCUACGUAGAUAAUGUCUAUGGCUAAAACUCUCUAGUGAAUGCAGAGGAGUCCAAGAAUUUAACUCCUUGUAUACUGGAAGCUAGUUAUUUUCGUUUGUAAAGUUUUAAAUAUGGAUUUUUCUGCAAAGUCGCACCGAUUACCCUCAGAAGGCUUGUGUUUAUUCACCUGGAGCUAUUUGAAUUACUUUUGUGAAGGAUGGAUGCACGUUCUUUGGCCUUGAAAGAAGUAGACCCCGUUUCUGACUUUUAUAAAGCUUGGAAGACCUAGGAUAUUUUCUAAAAUAACUAAAAAUGUGUUCGUCUGAAAAAUGAGGAACCUACAGUAUGCAUCUCAGAUGGCUUCAGGGUGAGUAAAUCAUGUGGUAUUUUUCAUGUUUGGCUGAUCUAUCGCUUUAAUAUUUGCCUGAAAGAGAGAAAUCAGCACAAUACAAGUGUAGCCGGAUAAUGAAAGUUUUCAUUUUUGGGUGUACUGUUCCUUUAAGAGCCAGAGUGCACCUGGUUUUGCCUAAAACAUAUGUUUAGAAUGCUGUUGAGUCAUGUUUUGCAUAAAGUACAGUAUAUACCGAAGUAAUAGUUUGUAUCUGUAUAUUUCGUUUAUCCAACUGUUCUUAUCAUGCAUAUAGUAUCAAUGAAAAAACAGCUGUUGUCAUACUAAUUGUAUUUUUAUUCUGAAAUGUGUCUGUAUACUGCAAACCAGUCCUGAACAUGAGGUUAUUUUUGUACACUCGCUCUUUUUCUCCAAACCCAAAAGUGUUUCAGUUGUUUUCGAAUUAAGUUUUAAACAUUCAGAAGCAAUCUGGUAAUUCCUGUGAGAGUUUUUGCUUAAUUAAGGUCUACAGGAAAAGAGUAAUGCAUGACAAUAUAAUUAUAAUAUAAUGCAGAGACAGUAUCAUUAUUUAAUCCAAAUGUUUGUAUACUUAACGAAAUCAAGGUCUUAUUUAUAUUUUUAGCUAAUCAAAAUGACAAAUUUAAAACGUUAUACUCAAAUCUUUGAUGAACAUGUCCCUUGUACAAAUCCGCACUUUUAAAGGCUAACCAUUCAUGCACUGUAUCUCCUCCGCAGGUUUGUUCAGUUGAAUUGUCAUCUCUUAAAUUGCAAACUGUAGCACUCCUGAUUUUCCAUGGACUAUGAAAGAAAGUUCAAAAUGACUCGGUGAAUGUAAAAAGCCAGAAAACAGCUCCAUGCAGUGUAUAUGGGCUGCUUGGAAAGAAUGGAUUUUUAAAGGGCUUUCAUGUCUGGUGGAAAUGUCAAAGAGCACAAUAAAAUGGUUUUAUUUCGUAAAAAAUAAAUACUCUUUUCUCAA